AUGCAGAAGCUAGCAAAUGAAGUAAACAUGCCUUACGUCAACGUAUGUUUGGAUCUCGGUGCUGCAAUGAAUGCCUACAAGUUCAUCUGGAAUUUUCCGUUGAAAUUUAACAAUGUUGUCAUCCAUUUGGGAGAUUUUUAUUUCAUUAAAGAAAAUUUUGGUGUCAUUGGUGGGAUUGUUGAAGCGUCGGGCUUUGAAGAUGUCGUAUAUCAAGCAGGUGUAUGCUCGUAUGGCAGUCGAAAGAUGUUCUCUCAGGAUCACACUACAAUAGGACAUGGAUUGUUCAUUCUGCAUUUUCAGAAGCUCUGGAAAGGCUUUUGUUCCAGAUAUUUUUGAAAGAAAAUAAUAUCGCCAUUCCAGAUUACUUCUAUGAUGCAUGUAUUGAUCCAAUAGCAAGCUGUGCUGUCAUUACUGAAAAUGCUUCAUCGUUGUAUUCAGAAUAUCAAGUUUCAAGGAGGAAGCAAGAAAUGGUGCGUUAG